AUGGCCGAAGAAGUUCCCCAGGAGGUGUUGGCGAAGGCCGACAGCAUGGAUGACAACAAGGAGUUCGCGGCGCUCUUCGACUUUCUCCACGAGCAGGCCAAGGCCUACCCGGACAACUUCGAAAUCAUGUGGAGAAUCGCCCGCGUCAACUUCGACAUGUCGUCCGAGAAGCCUGCGCAGAAGAAGGAGUACAUCCUCACCAGCUUCGCCAUCACGGAGAAGCUCCUUGUCUUGCAGCCUGACAACUAUCUCUCUCACAAGUGGUAUGCCAUCGUUUUGAGCUCCCUGUCCGACUUCCGCAGCACUAAGGAGAAGAUCCAGGAGUCCGUCCUCAUCAAGGAGCACUGCCUCAAGGCCAUUGAGCUGCACGGCAAGGGUGGCGAUCAGACGCUGAACCAUUUGCUGGGUCGCUGGUGCUUCGCCGUUGCCAGCAUCUCGUGGAUGGAGAGGAAGCUCGCCUCGGCCAUCUUUGCUUCCCCGCCCGAGUCCUCGUACGACGAGGCCCUCAAGUACUUCCUCGGCGCCGAAGGCAUCAAGGAGAACGAAGAGUUCCUCGAGAACCUGCUCUGGACCGGCCACACCUACCACAAGCUCAACAACGUGGCCAAGGCCAAGGAGUACUACGCCAGGGCCGCCGCGGUGCAACCCAAGAGCACGUCCGACAUCGCCCUCGUCAAUGAGGCCCAGCAGAAGCACGCCCGCCUCUAG